AGAAAGGUAGCCUUUGCUAAAGUUUGAGUAAGGCAGAAGGACAGCAGGAAGGAAGGAAGGAAGGUGUAUCCAGCAUGCGCAGCCUGUCGUAGCACAUAUUAGUAGUACUACUAGAUAGGAAAUUGAGCGUUGAACCCACACCGAACUGUCGUUAGUGUAGCUAGCUACCUACCUCUGCCUUAAUUAGAUAUUCAGCUGUUAUUAUUUUAAAAUGGAUUUGAAUACUAUUUUAACGCAGCUUGACACUGAAAAUGACGAGAACAUUGAAAUGCUUUUGCUCCAAUAUAAUCGAGAAAAUAGUCACACUUUCACUUUUGACCAGAACGAGGUGGACCUGCGAAGUGAGCUGUGCCAGGGCUUGUUGAGGGUCCUGGGGAGGCCGGUAAGGCCUCUGUGCCAAAGUACGUGCCUGGAGACCCUGCGCAUCCUGUCCCGGGACAAGCGUGCCCUGGGACCUGUGGCCACGCGGGAGGGCAUGCUGGUCCUAGCCCGACUGGCCCAACUAAGGGGAGGCGAAGGGGAGGAAGGGGGAGAUGGUGAUGGGUGCGCCUUCCCUCAGGGUGAACCGCAGACUGAGGAGGAGGAGCGUGUGGUGGUGGAGGCGCUGAAGUGCCUCUGUAACGUGGUGUUCAACAGCGCCGCGGCUCAACAGGUGGGUGCCGAGGUGCAGCUCGCCCAGGGCCUGUGCUCCCGCCUGCAGACCGCCCGCGCCGGACGCCACGAGGUGGGCCUCUUCUCCCUGCGCCUGCUCUUCCUGCUCUCGGCCCUGAGGCCUGACGUCCGUGGGGGGCUGUGCCGGGAUCUGCAUGCCGUCCGGCUCCUCACGGAGGUUCUGCAGCGUACCCUGGAAGUGCGCUGGGUGGGGCCCUACGAGGCUGCUCCUCCUGACAGCCAGGCCCAGGCCAUCCCCGCUGAGGACAACGAGAGGGCCAUGGAGGCCCUGAAGGCCCUGUUCAACCUCACGCUUUCUGACACCGGAGACCAGGACAGUGAGCCCCAGCUACGCCUUAUCACCGCCAUCAUGCGCCACCUCCUGAUGCUGCGGACGCAGACGGAGGAGAAAACGGAGGAAGCGCACAGUCACGCCAUCAACCUGCUGAGCAACCUGCCGGUGAGCUGCCUGGAGGUGCUGAUGGACGUGCCGGUGCAGGGCGGCCAGGAGGAGUACGGUGGCAGGAACAUGGACGCCGUCCAGGUGCUGCUGGACUUCAUGGAGAAGAGAAUCGACAAGCAGGGUGCCAACUACAGAGAGGGGCUGACGCCGGUGCUCAGCCUGCUGACCGAGGGCUCCCGCCACCACCGGGAGAUCCGCAGAUACAUCAAGACCCAGGUUCUCCCCCCUCUGAAGGACGUGAACAUCCGCCCUGAGAUCGGCACGACCAUCAGGAACAAGCUGGUGCGGCUCAUGACCCACGUGGACAUGGGCGUGAAGCAGAGCGCCGCCGAGUUCCUCUUUGUCCUCUGCAAAGAGAGCGUGGACAGCCUGUUGAAGUACACAGGCUACGGGAACGCCGCUGGGCUGCUGGUGGCCAGGGGCCUGCUGGCCGGAGGAAGGGGAGAGACGCAGUAUUCUGACGACGAAGACUCGGACACAGAAGAAUACAGAUCUGCCAGGCCCUUCAUUAACCCCAUCACAGGCCACGUGGAGGAACCGGGCCCCAACCCCAUCGAGGAGAUGACCGAAGAGCAGAAGGAGUAUGAGGCCCAGAAACUUGUCAACAUGUUCGACAAGUUGUCCAGACAGCAGCUGAUCCGGCCCAUGGGAGUGAGACGAGACGGCACGUUAGCGCCCCUAGAGGAGGCCCUGAGAGCGCCAGCUGAGGACAGCUGCAACUCUGACUCCGACUAACACUCCCCACUUCCUGUGCUGCAACUCUGACUCUGACUAGACCCUCCCCACUUCCUGUGCUGCGACUCUGACUCCGACUAGACCCUCCCCACUUCCUGUGCUGCGACUCUGACUUCCGACUAGACCCUCCCCACUUCCUGUGCUGCAACUCUGACUCUGACUAGACCCUCCCCACUUCCUGUGCUGCGACUCUGACUCCGACUAGACCCUCCCCACUUCCUGUGCUGCGACUCUGACUUCCGACUAGACCCUCCCCACUUCCUGUGCUGCAACUCUGACUCCGACUAGACCCUCCCCACUUCCUGUGCUGCGACUCUGACUCCGACUAGACCCUCCCCACUUCCUGUGCUGCGACUCUGACUCCGACUAGACCCUCCCCACUUCCUGUGCUGCAACUCUGACUCCGACUAGACCCUCCCCACUUCCAGCAGGCUGUGCCCCCCCUUCCCCCUUCCCCCAACACACACCCGAGGGUUUCAGACACCUCUGAGCCCUGGUCCUGCCCAGGGCUGCACCAGAUGGACCAAUCUCAAGGCUCCAUUUAAAAUACAAGAAGCAGGCUUUGUUACCAUCAGUCCAUUCUUUUUUUUUCUUUUUCUAUGUUGCCUUGUUUUGAUGUACUUCUCCAAUCACACCUCUCUCAUUUGACACAAUGGAAGGUAGCCGUUUUAUCAGACUGGAAUUUCUUCUGUUAAAAUAGACUCACAGAACAAAUAAUAGCCUGGAGUUUGACCAAAGUAGAAUUGCAGUUAGAAUAAGAAAUCACUCAUUCCACAUUCAAUGUUUAUUUGUUGUCUUUUUUCUAGUGAGUGCCCUGUCAUGUUGAAAUAAUCCAAUUACAUAUGCUAGUAUGGAUAGGAAGAAGCUAACAGCUAUGUGUACCCAAACCACUCCAUUGUAGUGAAUGCUUUUAUAGGGCUGAAUGAAUAAGUGUUAGGUCCCAGAGCCCUGAAACUCACAAGUAGUUGUUAGGAUCAUUCAACCUUCAGUGUUGAUUAUCAUUGUAGCCUAUUUAAAUUCACAAGCAUCAGGCCGGCACAAUCACGCAAGCACAUCCAGGAUCCGGACAGGGCCGGAUCCUGGAUGUGCGGACAGGGCCGGAUCCUGGAUGUGCGGACAGGGCCGGAUCCUGGAUGUGCGGACAGGGCCGGAUCGAAGCUUGUUGCUGACCAGGAUUGGGAUGGUUUCUGCCUUACCGGAUUAUGAAUUCUUGAGACGAAAAGAAGAAAGACUUUUCUACCGUUCCUCUGCCAAUUCUGCACAGUCUUUAAAUUGUUGCUCUGAAAUCUGUGUGCUUUUUUCUAUUUUGAGACUCAAUUGAUUUUCUAUAUGUGGUCUACUAGUAUGUAUAGAUAUAAAAGUUCUUUCAAAUGUUUAUUUCUUUGUAUGAGUAGGGCUUCAUGAUCAAGCUGUAAGGUGUGGUUGGUGCAGUAUUGGAAUGGUCCUGUGUGUCCCAUAUAUUCUCUAUAACUGGCAUGUUAAUAGAAUUACCUUUUUUGCCAAGUAACAUCCAAGGACGUUGUUUAAGUGACUACUUUUGCGAGAAAUCCUUUAUUUAUUUGCACUAUUAUGUCUAUUCACACUACACUGAGAAACUGAAAAGCAGGGUGACCCAAUCUAAUGAAUCACCACUUUCCUGCUCACCUGAACUUUGACAGAAAACAUGAAAAUUCUCCCAACAUGUUUUGUAUUGUUAAUCAGAUUAGCCAAGUGACACACAAACUGCAUGUUGAGCUAAAUGGUGAAUGUCCCCAACACUGAAGGAGAACAAUCUUUUAGAUUCUUUUUGUAUAGUUUUUUUCCUUCUCUCUGACAGUGUAACCAGGAUGCUAAGGAAACGAUUGUUUUUAUAUGUGGAGUGAAGCUUCUCUAUUGCAAUGUUAAUAAAAACUGCUACUUAAUGUUA